AGCAGCAUUUCUUUUGCAAAACGUUGGAAUCCUAUCUCAGUUUCUCCCAGUCUCACUCUCACUCUCAGUCUCAGUCUCUCCACAGUAUUCGCUCUGUAUUAAUUAGCUCAUGUUCAUGGUCAUGGUUGUGUUCUUGGGGAGCAAAGAGGGAUGGUUUGCAGGUGAUCAUCCGGGGCCCCAAGUUGUUGAUACACCACCGCCUACAGUGGAGCCGAACCGCUACACGCAUCGAUCGAUCGAGACACUGGUGGUGGUUCUAGCAGUGAUAACCAUCGUAGGUGUCAUGGCAGGCAUUAUUGCCCGGCUGUGUGGCGGGCGGCAUUUCGGCAACAAUGGGGAGAACGACAUAGAAGGAUGGGUAGAAAGGCGGUGUAGGAGUUGCAUUGAUGGUGGAGUUCCGGCGGCAGUACCCCCUCCGGUGGAGCCCAAGCCAGCAGCAGCAGCAGAAGAAGCAAAAAAGUAAAAAAAAAUAUUGUAUUAUUUAGUUUUAGACGGUAGUGACUGUAGAAGCAGCUUAAUCAUGCGUGCUCCUUAUAAACUGAUCAUCUUUCCUUUCCAAUUGAACUGAGUGAGUGAGUGAGUUUCUCUUGUCCCAAAUCAAAGAGGUUUUUUACUGUCCUAGAUUUCUAGUUCCACCAUUAUAAAAUUUACUUCUAUCACUAUUUUAUUUAUCAGUUUAAACUUUUAG